CCCUAGCUCCGCGGACUCGGUUCACUUUUAUUUGCCUUUACAUCUAAAUGUUAGUCAUAAUGUAUAUUAGUCAAUUUCCCAUAAUUCGAUACUUAUUCCUUUGUUUACUACUACAAAUCGUUGCGUUUAUAGCUAUCUUAUCUGCCGAUGAUGGAACACUCGAUCAAAAGAUUGCUUUUGGAGUUGGGCAGCAACAAGAAGCGAUCAAAAUGUCGGCCGCCACGUCGGAUAACAAGAAAGAAACCGAGCACAUCGAAGGUUUCGUUGUUUACUGUCCUUGUAUGGGCAGAUUUGGCAACCAAGCUGACCAGUUUCUAGGGGCUCUUGCCUUUGCGAAGGGACUCAAUCGUACUCUAGUCCUACCUCCAUGGAUAGUGUACCCAAGUCAACGACCAGGAGGAUCAGAAAGAAUUUCAUUUGAUUCCUGGUUCAGAGUGAAUCCACUCACUCAGUACCAUAGAGUUGUCACUAUGGAAAAGUUUAUGAAGACAAUAGCACCAUCUGUCUGGCCACCUGGAAAACGAAUAGGAUUUUGUUACAAUUAUCGUAGAGGCUCCAAAUGUGCAAUGAAGGAAGGAAACCCUUUUGGGCCUUUCUGGGAUCAUUUCAAGAUUGAUUUUGAUGAUUUCCGAGAACACUCAGGAUUACUAUGGGAUACAGGGGAACCCUAUGCUAGAGAGGGCUGGAACUCAAGAUAUCCUGUUUCUGAGUACCCGGUGAUAGCAUUGAUGGGCGCGCCUGGCUCCUUCCCUUGUGAAACCCAAAACAAGUGGCUACAGAAGUAUGUCAAGUGGUCUGUAUCAAUCAAUAAAAAGGCAGACAAGUUCAUCACAGAGGUCCUCCCAGAUGGCCCCUUUGUGGGCAUUCAUCUUAGGAAUGGUAUUGACUUUAAAAAUGCUUGUGAGCAUGUGAAGGGUUCAUUUAGCCUGUUUGCAUCACCACAAUGUAUUCAUCCUGGCUCCAACAAAAAGCUAACUUAUGAAAUCUGCUUACCGCCGGAGAAAGAUAUUCUCAAGAGAACUAAACGCAUUGUCAAGAAAAUCAAGGCAAAAAGUGUGUUUGUUGCCACUGAUAAUGACCCCAUGCUGGAGAAACUCACUAAAGCUCUUAAGAAGCUAGAGGUCACAGUUCAUACACGUUCUGUUGGUGACGAGUCCAGUGAUCCGAUAGUAGAUCUGGCAAUCCUUUCCAAAGCUGACCACUUCAUAGGUAACUGUGUAUCCAGCUUUACAGCCUUUGUCAAGAGGAUGAGAGAUGUGACAGACAAACCCUCAUCCUUUUGGGCAGUAGAUGAUUAGUUGAUGAGACUAAACUGUACAUAGUAGGCCAGAGGGCAAGCAUAAGGGAAACUUCAAUGGGCAAAUGGUUUUUAUUUUCCCAUGUAGAGGUCAAUUCUCGUUAUAAUUAUUUCACACUAUUUGUCAGUGGUACUCAGUAUUCUCUCACUUGAGGGGAUCUUUGAGUGAAGUGCAGUUGAGUAAAAGCCUGGUAAGUAAGAACCUGAAAAUAGAGAACCAUUUGGCCUAAAAUUUGUUAUUAACACCCCCUGAACUCAACCGAGAAUUGGCCUAGAAAAUCGAAAGCUAUUAGGUUAUUUUAUUCUUUAAUCAUCAUAUUAUAGUGAUGAAGCUGGACAGCUAUGCAAGAAUCCUUUUUUUAAAGAGGAACUUUCCAUUGAAAUAAGAAAAAGGGUCUUGCUUGCAAGUUUCAACUUUAGUUCAUCCAAAAAGAAACACUCUUUAAGAGACCUAGUGUUUUUGUUUUCCUGUAAAACGGUUAGCUCUGUUUGGUUCCCUUAGCCUUGGGAGUACUGCUUAAGAGGCUUCCACAAUCAAUGUAUCGACAACAAACUAGAAUUUCUCAUAUCUUUAUAAAGCACAUCGGCGUAGCCAGGUUUUUUAACAGGAGGGGGCCCAAAAGGUUCUUUCAAGGAAUUUUCUCCUGUAUUUUAAAUAAUGUCUUAUACAUUUACUGUAUUUUUGUCUGCUAGAGGGGGGGGGGGGGGGGGGGGGGCGAGGCCCCUGGGCCACCCCUGGCUACGCCCCUGAAGCACGAGCAAUUAAGCUUGAAUUGAAUUCAGCACACUAUGGGUACCCUGUAUGCAGUGAUUGAUCUAAAGCCCGGUGCAAACUGCGCCAGCACCCGCCACCAUUGCUGGCGAAUUCUUGCUCGGCUGACCACAAGACAAAGGUAAUGUCAUAAAGACCAUUUCCCAUUUUGACAUUUCCUUUGUCUUGUGGUCAGUCAAGCGAAAAUUCGCCAGCUGGCUGGUGCUGGCGCAGUUUGCACGGGGCUUGACUUUUUUUACCGAUCUCAGCGAUUACACUCAAAAUUCAUAAAUCCGCCCCUCUUUUGUAUUUAGUUUUCUAAGGAACAUACUGAUUAUGAUAUUCAAAAUAUUCAUCGUCUUCGUAUUUAUCGACUCGUACGUAAUGCCCCACGCCCACCAUCUCUUAAUAUAAAAUAAUAAUUAAAAAAAAACACUGCGAUACCUGUUAUCACAGUAAUUAACAGAUAAAUUAUUACCGAAGAUCAAAUAAAAAUAGAAUCUAACCA